UUUCAUUCUUCGUUUUCACUCUUGAAGUUCACUUCAGAGACAAAUACGAAACCGUAAGAAUUGUUUUUGAAGAUGGCGACGAAGGAUGGAGAAGCCAUGGUUUGAAGAUCAUCUCAGUGAGAGUAAAAAAGCUCACAAAAAAAGGCAAAAGAAGAACAGAAAGGAAAAGGCUAGAGCUAGAUUACAGAAAUUCCAAAUUGAGGAAGAGGCUAAUGAAAUCACUACAUCAGGCCCUAUCGCAGAAGAAGUUGAGAUUCGUAAGCUCGAGCACGACCCUUCCUCAAACAGUACUUGUGCAUCUAUCUCCGAAGAAGAUCUCGAAGAACUGAUGAUUUCCAUCAAGAAAGAUCCAUAUUUGAAACCUAUUUUAGAAGAUAUUGAGAUUGGUGGUCCAAUCGUAAUGAUGAGUACUUGAAUGAUCCAGAGGUUUUCAGAAGUUGGCGCAGGCUAUGGGUUUUGGAGUUUUAGGAGACAAUGUUAGUCCGGUUGAAGAUAGUGCUGCAUCAAAUGCUGAUGCAGAAGAUUAUACUGCCAAAUAGGUUGAGGCGAUUCUUAUCAGUAAUUCGUUUUUUUUUGAGCUAUUUCAUCUUUCCUUGUAUAUUGUAGCUUGUUUAAAAUGCAUAUAUUUUCCCCUUUAUU